AUGGCUAAAGUGGAGGAGAAUUCAGCUAGUGAUCAUCGAAUGGCUAAAAUGUUAAAGCAGACAGAUUUGAAGCCAUUGAUCAUGGAAGGAAAAAAGGUCAUUACCAUGUCGACUAGAAAGGAAGUCAACAAGGGAGCAUGGACACCCGAGGAAGAUAGAAAACUAGCUGAGGUUAUUGCAGUUCAUGGUGCUAAAAAGUGGAAAACAAUUGCAACCAUUGCAGGCCUGAAUCGAUGUGGUAAGAGUUGCAGGCUUAGAUGGUUGAAUUACCUGAGACCCAACAUUAAGAGAGGCAAUAUAUCUGACCAAGAAGAGGAUUUGAUUCUUAGGCUUCACAAGCUUUUAGGCAACAGGUGGUCUUUGAUAGCGGGAAGAUUGCCUGGUCGAACAGAUAAUGAGAUUAAGAACUACUGGAAUUCUCAUUUGAGCAAAAAAAUUCACAGCCAGAAGGAGAAACAAAGUGAAGCUUGUUCGACAACUAGAUCACAAGGCUCCAGAAACCAAUUAAGGAGGUUCGAAAAUCUAGAAGUCACAAAAUUAGAAGAGAUUAAUCCAUCCAAAGGAAUAAGUGAUCAAGAAUCAAACGUGGCCGCCAACGACUUUGACGUUAACAAUUUCUUUGAUUUCUCCGAUGAAGGACCGAUGAAUUUGGAGUGGAUGAGCAAAUUCCUUGAACGGGAGAGGUCUUGA